AUAUCUGCGUUUUCUCCCAGACAACUCAUCCAGAGCUCUCGCUUCAACAGUGAUUGAACGGAGUCCUGGUCACUUUGUGCUCCAACUUCAGCCUUUGAAUUUUCUGCAUCUGAACUCACCUUCAAAUAUCCACCAUGACAUCCCAGGUCCGCCAGAACUAUGACCGCGACUGUGAGGCCGCCAUCAACCGCAUGAUCAACAUGGAACUGUUUGCCUUCCACACCUACCUGUCGAUGGCUCAGUACUUCAAGCGGGAUGAUGUGGCUCUCGAAGGCUUUGCCAAGUUCUUCAAAGAGCAGAGUGAGGAGGAACAAGAGCAUGCUAACAAGUUCAUGGAGUUCCAGAACAAGAGGGGUGGCCGCAUCUUUCUCCAGGAUAUCAAGAAGCCCGACAGGGAUGAGUGGGGUUCCGGUCUGGAUGCAAUGCAGGCUGCCCUGCAGCUGGAGAAGACUGUCAACCAGGCUCUGUUGGAGCUGCACAAGCUUGCCUCUGACCGUGUCGACCCUCAUCUUUGUGAUUUCCUGGACACACACUACCUGAAUGAGCAGGUGGAAGCCAUGAAGAAGCUGGGCGACUAUAUCACCAACCUUCAGAAAAUGGGGGCACCACACAAUGGCCUUGCUGAGUACCUGUUUGACAAGCACACCCUUAGUGGGAGCAGCUAAACUGCACAUGUGGGAUCGGCUCACAGUCAUGGGUUUGAGAGAACAAUGCAAUUUAAUAAAAUGUGUACACUUGUAACCUGAAUAAAGUUGUUGAGCUUUA